AUGGAUUCUACACCCAAUAAAUCAGAAUCGCCGUCGACUAUGCUGGCACCGGGUUUCCGAUUCCAUCCGACGGACGAGGAACUGGUGCGUUACUAUUUGCGGCGAAAAGUCUGCGGGAAGUCUUUCCGUUUCGAUGCUAUAUCUGAUAUCGAUAUUUACAAGGCCGAACCCUGGGAUCUCCCUAGUAUGUCAAGGCUAAGGACUAGAGAUUUGGAGUGGUAUUUUUUCAGCAUUCUGGACAAGAAGUAUGGGAAUGGAUCAAAGACCAACCGGGCAACUGAAAAAGGAUAUUGGAAGACGACGGGGAAGGACAGGGCUGUCUACCAUAAAUCAGAGAUUGUUGGGAUGAAGAAAACUCUUGUUUAUCAUAGCGGCCGGGCUCCAAAGGGUCUGAGGACUAACUGGGUUAUGCAUGAGUACAGGCUUGUUGAUCUGGAGUUGGAGAGAGCUGGAAUUGUUCAGGAUGCAUUUGUACUGUGCCGAGUAUUUCAAAAGAGUGGUUCUGGGCCGAAGAAUGGCGAAAAGUAUGGGGCACCAUUUGUGGAGGAGGAGUGGGAGGACGAUGAGGUGGAAAUGGCUACCAAGGAAGAGGCUGCAGAGGAAGUGGAUUUUGGCAAUGAUGUCUAUUUGGACGGACAUGACCUUGAGCAGAUUCUUCUUGGAACAGACAUUACAUCAGAUGUUACUACCCUUCCAUUGAAUUUCUACUCUGUGGAAGAUGGCAGCAAUGGAAAGGAAUCCACCGCAGUUGACUCCCAAAAGCUCUUGUUGGGUGUCCCCGAACAUCAAUAUGGCAAUUUCGCUUAUGAUCCUUCAAAGAUGAUGGGAAGUGAGGACCUUGUUUCUGAUGAAGCAUUCCUUGUUCAGAAGAACAUAAAUGAACCAACUCAGCAAGAUACUACAUCUAGCAGACAAAUCCUUGACAGUAACAAUGACUAUGAUGCUGAACCAUCCUCUAAGAAUCAAUCUGCGAAAUUUGAAUCAGAUUUUCAGCAUCCACUCAAGAAGCAGGCAAGUCGCAUGUUGGGCAGCAUCUCUGCUCCUCCAGCAUUCGCUUCAGAGAUUUAUCCAAAAGAUGCUGCUCUUCGUUUCAAUUCUGUAUAUCAGCCUUCCAGUUCGGCACAUAUUACUGCCGGCAUGAUUCAAUUACAAAAUUUAACCAUGGGUGGAAAUGGGGCAGACAAUUCAUUUGGCAAACAUGGGAACUUUAACAUUGUUCUUUCUUUUGGUCUGUCACAAGGUUCUGAUGGUUCUGCGAGCUUGGAAUCGAGUGUUUUACUUCCUGGAAAGACCAUUUCAGCAAUUUCUAGGGGCUGGUUCUACUUUAUUUUCCUCUGGGUCCUAAUUUUCUCCAUGAGCUUCAAAAUUGGGUCCUAUAUAUGUGCGAGGUAA